AAAAAAAAUCCCUGUUGCUAAAGCCGCUUCAAAAAGACUUGGUGUAACUUGCAUACGUUAACAUCUUUUUAAUUGGCCAUUAAGACAGUGACUUGGCAUUCGAGGCAGUUCAAAGUCAGUUUCCCUUUGACACUUGUCGAAAACUUUUUUUUAAUACAUAGAUCUAUAGUCACCAUGGAAAGCAAAAAGAGAUCGAGAAAUUCAGAGGAAAUGAAUGACAAUCAAGUAAAAAAGAAGCAAAUCUUGGAAAAAGUGACAGGAUCGAACACACUCUUACCUACUUCAGCUUUACUCAACGUUGAAGAAGACUUUCGUGUUGUUGUUGGUACAUAUGAGCGUCUUUUGUUUGGUAUCAAUGCUCAAUGGAUAGAAGACAAAUCUAAAGUCAAGUUGGAACCUGUGUUUAUUAUUCCUGCUCAUACGGCAUGUAUUCGCACAGUCUCUGUUGGCGGAAACUUUUUGGCCUCUGGUAGUAGCGAUGAAAUCAUUCGUCUUUACGAUGUCAAGAAACGCAAAGAAUACGGUUCUUUAGGUGGACAUCAUUCUGGUGAUAUUACUGACAUUAAAUUCCAUGGCAAAUACAUGUUGUCUGCAAGUGACGAUCAUUUGAUUAAUUUAUGGAGAACAAAAGAUUGGGAAUACUUGAAGACACUCAAGGGACACAAAGCAAAAGUGAACUCAAUGGCUAUUCACCCUACUGGUAAAAUUGCAUUAUCUGUUAGUGCUGAUAGGACUGCCAUCGUCUGGAAUUUGAUGACAGGUCGCAAGGCAAGUGUAAACAAGUUGGGCAGAGAUGAACCUAUGUUGGUCUUAUGGAAUUCUUCUGGUGACCAAUAUGCCAUUCAGUUUGAUAAAGCAAUCCAUAUCUAUAAAGUGGCUGAUGCCAAAGUAUCGACAACUAUUUCUCAUAGAUCCAGAUUCCAUUCUAUGCAAUACUUCAAACUAGACGAAAAGGAGUACAUUGUUACAGGAAGCGAAGAUAAAACCAUUCGUAUUUGGGACACUACAUCAGGCGAAUGUAUCAGAGAAAUCAAGGGACACAACAUGCGAGUCAAAUCAGUGAAUGUUCUGUCAACAGACGGUAAGCUCGUAUUAUCGUCUGCUUCAUCAGAUGGUGUUAUCAAAUGCUGGGAUUUAGAAGCUGCAGUUUUGAAAGAGGUGGAAGAACCAUUAGGUGAAUACAAUACCAAAUGUCGUGUAACUUGUAUUACAUCGCAUGACGGAUUUUCAAAGGUAGAAAACCAGCCUACAACAGAGUCUGUUGACCUUGAAGAAGAAGAAGUGCAAAAGGAAAAACAAGCAGAAGCGCCCAGUAAAAAAACAAAUAAGAAGAAAAACAAACAAAAAAUGGCCAAAAACUAAUAAAAUUAUUGUUUGUUUUGACGUUUGAGUAGUCUAGUCUUGUGGUAUUUAACAGUGCGGCACAACACAUCCUCUCUAAUAAAG